CCAUAUGAACGCCACCAGAGACACUGAAUUUAAUACCCAAUACCGGAAAGGAAAACGCUAUAAACUUCCAAGUCCAAGUCCGGUCUCUCUCACUUCCAGCUCCAAGUCCACACCGUCACUCCCAUGAGCUCCAAAUCUUGAACCUCUUCAACCAGCCCCAAAGAACCUCCUUAAUAUGGUGACCAAAAACCUCUUCCUCCCUACAAUUCUUGUUUCUCUCGUCUCCUUCUCCUUCUCAACCUCUUUUACUCCCACAGACAACUACCUCCUCAACUGUGGCUCACCCACCAACAUUUCCCUCUACAACCGACUCUUUCUCGCUGAUUCAGCCAAACCCGGUUCGGCUUUUCUCUCACCAGGCCACUCCAUUUCGCUCAAGAACCAAAACCCUCCUUCAGAGUUACCCGCUUUGUACCAUACAGCCAGAGUUUUCACCAGCAGUUCAGGGUACAAAUUCAACAUCAAGAAAAAUGGGACUCACUUGGUACGUUUCCAUUUCUCGCCCUUUGUAGCUCAAGGUUUUCAUUUAAAUUCAGCGCGUUUUAGUGUUUUGGUUAAUGGGGUUUUGAUUCUGAGAGACUUGCAAUUGAAUAGUACUAAUACUGUCCUUAGAGAGUAUAUAUUAAAAGUAGAUAGAAAUGUGGUUGAAAUUGUGUUCACUCCUGUAAAUGUUUCGGGUUUCGGAUUCGUUAAUGCAAUCGAAGUUUUUACGGCUCCUGGGGACCUUAUAAUGGACGAGGGAGUUAAGUUAAUUGGUGCUGCUGGAAGUCAAGUGUACAAGAAUCUUUCUUCACAGGUCUUGGAGACUAUUUAUAGGAUUAAUGUUGGAGGUUCAAAAUUGACUCCUUUUAAUGAUACCCUUUGGAGGACUUGGAUCCCUGAUGAUGAUUAUCUUCUUCUGAAAUCCGCCGCGAGGCGUGCAAACACUAAUUACCCACCAAAGUAUGAGGCUGGAGGUGCAAGUCGAGAUAUUGCGCCUGAUAAUGUGUAUAUGACUGCCCAAGAAAUGAAUAGGGAAAACUCGAGCUAUCAAACGUUUAAUAUCACUUGGAAUUUUCCAGUGGCUUCAGGCAGUGCUCGAUACUUGGUUCGAUUGCAUUUCUGUGAUUUUGUUAGUCGUGUGUUAAACUCGCUGUACUUUAAUGUAUAUAUCAAUGAAUACCUUGCUUAUGGGGAUCUCGAUUUAUCAACACUUACAUUUCGCGUGCUUGCAUCUCCAGUCUAUGUUGAUUUUGUUGUGGAUUCAGUUGAUCCCGGGGUUGUGCAAGUCAGUGUUGGUCCUUCUGUUCUGAGCAAUACUCUGACAAUGAAUGCUAUUCUGAAUGGGGCAGAGAUUAUGAAGAUAGAAAAUAUUGAGAGCGAGGAAACUAGCCCUAAGAAGAAGAAUAUUUGGGUUGUAGUGGGUUCAAUUAUUGGCAGUUUUGUUGGUUUAUGUUUGUUACUGCUUGCACUGCUGCUUGCUAUGAAAUGCAGGAAGAAGAAACCAAAACCAAGGCCUGCAGAAAGUGUGGGGUGGACACCAUUGCGUGUAUAUGGAGGCAGUUCACACAGUAGAAUGUCUGAAGGGACAGCCUAUGCAUCUCCUGGCCCAAAUGGAUAUUUUGCCUUGAGAAUCCCUUUUGCUGAUUUACAAUUGGCAACAAACAAUUUUGACCAGAAUCUAAUCAUAGGUUCUGGUGGAUUUGGCAUGGUCUUCAAGGGGGUUCUUAGAGACAAUACAAAGGUUGCUGUGAAGAGAGGUGUGCCCGGAUCCAGGCAGGGCCUUCCAGAAUUCCAGACUGAAAUAACAGUUCUGUCCAAAAUUCGUCACCGCCAUCUUGUUUCUCUUGUUGGAUAUUGUGAAGAACAGUCGGAAAUGAUCCUAGUGUAUGAAUACAUGGAAAAAGGACCAUUGAAAAGUCACUUGUAUGGUUCAGGGCUCCCACCUUUGACUUGGAAGCAGCGACUUGAAAUAUGCAUUGCCUCAGCAAGAGGUCUUCAUUACCUUCAUACAGGUUCAGCAGAAGGAAUUAUCCAUCGUGACAUUAAGUCGACCAAUAUUUUACUUGAUGAGAAUUAUGUGGCCAAGGUCGCCGAUUUUGGUCUUUCAAGAUCUGGCCCAUGUCUCGAUGAAACCCAUGUAAGUACUGGUGUAAAGGGUAGUUUUGGUUAUCUUGAUCCUGAGUAUUUCCGGAGGCAGCAGCUUACAGAUAAGUCAGAUGUUUAUUCAUUUGGGGUUGUGCUUUGUGAAGUUCUUUGUGCUAGACCUGCUGUUGAUCCAUUGCUUGCUAGAGAGCAGGUGAAUUUAGCUGAAUGGGCAAUGCAAUGGCAGAAUAAGGGCAUGCUCGAGCAAAUUAUUGAUCCACAUCUUGUUGGACGGAUUAGACCAAGCUCUUUAAAGAAAUUCGGAGAAACAGCAGAGAAAUGUUUGGCCGAGUAUGGUGUUGAUAGGCCAACCAUGGGUGAUGUAUUAUGGAAUCUGGAAUAUGCACUUCAGCUUCAGGAAACUGGACAGCAAAGAGAACCACAUGAAGCCAGCAAUAUUAAUGGGCCAGAGCCCCCAACACCUGGAAGUGUUCCCCAUAUUCCAUCUAAUAACAUAAGAAGGGAGGGAGAAGACGGGAAUUAUAAUUCAGACUUAUCUACAACCAAAGUUUUUUCCCAGUUGAUGACUAAUGAAGGCAGAUAGCUUUAGACUCAUCCUGCAAAUAAUUGUCCUACAGUAUAAGCAAUCUCAAGGUUGCCAGUAUAAUUCUUAAAACUACCACUGAAACACAUCUUAGAGGUUUCUUAGACAGUUCCGGAUUACUCGUUCAGUCAUUUCAAGAGGUUGUAAUAAGCUCUCUGUAUUAUUGUUGUGUGCCACUAAAUAGAUACAGCAGUAACUGUUGUGUGUACUAAGAUACAUUUGUUUUGUCAUUAAAUUGUUUGAUAUGGUGAGUGAAUCCUGGCUCCCCUCUUCUACACUUAUGUUUUUUGAGUGUCAAUCCAUGGCCUGAUGUCAUGUUGGAUUGUUCCACAAAAAUUGAUGGUCAUUCUGGUUUGGGUGCUGUUAUAUUUGGAUCCAUCUCUCCAGAAUGGAGUGGCAACUAGAAAUGGGACCAUCACAGCAAUGGGGGUGCAAUGUUGGAACCUAUCUUAUUUACUGUAACCCUGGAUAUUCCUAUACAUGUUAAUCAACUGUCUUCAUUUUAGAUA